AUAUACAAUAUUUUUUUACAAAUUUUAAAUAUUACAAAUUAGGUAUUUAAAAUAAAUAUAUAGAAUGGUAUGAUGCCAAGUCAAUCCAUAAAUCUAUAGUCUUGCUCCACCGUUUCAUUGUCGUCGAUAGAAGAACAUUUUUUUAAUCUAAAGGACACAAACAAGUUUUAUGAAUCAAAAGCCGAAAAAACCAACACUCACAGGACAACGGAUUAAGGUCCGGAAGAGGGAUGAGAAGGAAAGAUACGAUCCUAGUGGAUUUCGUGAUGUUAUUGUGCAAGGGCUUAACGAAGCAGGAACUGAUCUGGCCCAAGUAGCUAAAUUUCUCGACACCCAAGGUCAUAAGCUUGACUACCGGCGCUACGCCGAGCCGCUUUUUGAUAUUUUAAUAGCUGGAGGAAUUCUUGCACCUGGUGGAACACUAGUAGAAGAUGGAGACAAGACCAAAGUGUCGCGCAGUGAUGUCUGCUUGUUUGCGGUGGACGAGGAUGUCCCGACCAUUCAGAAUUAUUCCCACCAGGUUUUCGUCAAGGUGACCAGACGCUACAAGUAUCUGGAAAAAUUACUGGAAGAUGAGAUGAAGAAGAUCCUUAUGUUUUUAAAGGGUUUUAGUGAAUCUGAACGCAACAAGGUGGCAAUGUUGACGGCCAUCUUUCUGACGAAUGGUUUGAUUCCUGCCACAUGUUUGGCAAGCUUAUUUCAGGAGCAUCUGGUAAAAGAAGGUAUCUCUGUGGAAUUCGCCAUUGUGCUUUUUAGAACAUGGUUUAUGGAAAAGGACAUGAACAGUAUUGCAAGCACCUUGCGAAAAGCCGAGAUGGAAGGAAAACUCAUGGACUUCCUGCCUGUUAAUAAACGCACCGAUGAAAACUUUGCCUCACACUUCGAAGCUGCAGGCCUGCAACAGCUUGUGAGAUAUCAGAGAAACCUACUGCAAACAAAUAUUAAGAACAACAUGGUUGAUGAGAUUUCUGAGUAUAUUCAGAACGAGAAACCAUUGAAAGAAAUUGAGGCCAACGUGUCUGAGAUCAUGGUGAAGAAUUCAAUUCCAGAGCAUGACGUGGUGAAGUUGCUUUGGAAGUGCGUAAUGUCCGCACAAGAAUGGAGCAAGAAAGAUGACCAGGUGAUUGAACAAGUGACAAAACACCUGAAAAUUUAUGCGCCUUUGUUUGCGGCCUUUGCAACUCAAGGGAAGUCAGAAAUUAGUCUGAUUCUAAAGAUUCAGGAAUACUGUUUCGACAACAUGCAUCUCAUGAAGACAUUCAGUAAAAUUGUGAUGCUUUUAUAUCAACGUGAUGUUUUGUCGGAGGAUGUGAUCCUGAAGUGGUACCAUGAACUUCACCUGUCUAAGGGCAAGUCAAUCUUUCUGAAGCAGAUGGUCAAGAUGGUGGAAUGGCUGGAAAACGCUGAAGAAGAAGACUCUGAAGAAGAAGAAUCUGAAGAGGAGAAGUAGUUAAAUGCCUUUGUACUGUGCACUCUGCUGGCCCGUACGUUAUCCAGCAGUGAACCUCAGCCAAUACCAUAGAUGUCAGCAGGCCUAAUCUGCGUAUAAUUUGCAUAUUUUUUGUAUUACUGUAGUUUCAAAUGUACUUUGUUUACUUCUUGUCUUAUGUGGAAAUACCACUUUUUGAAAUAUAUAUGUAAUGUUCUUAAAACUCAACAUUUGUUGAUAGUUAAUGUGAUGGGUUGUAGAAUAUAGAAAGUAAACAUUUCCCAUCAGUCACUAUAUCAUAAAAAAUAUUUGCAUAUAUUCUAAUUAUGUCAGAGUUUGAGGAAAUUUAUUGAACUUAUCUAAUGAGGUAAAUGAUUCUGUAAUAUUUUUGCGAGGACAAUCAAAUUUUUUUUUUAGUUCUAGUGUUUAUUUGGGUUAAUUAUCUUAUUGCAAAAUCAUAAGGUGUUUUCAUCAUGAUAAAGUAUAUUGCUCCUAGAGCAGAACUUGGUAAUGGCUACUUAACUGACAACAUAAUCGCUAGAUGUGAAGUGGUAAUUUUACUUUAAGCAUUUUUGAGAAACUUGCCAACUAGUUCUAUCUAAAUAGUCUGGAGAGGGCGCUAUAUUAUGGUGCAUCACCAUUCUGAAGCAUAUUGAUUAUAGAAUUAGUUAUUGAUUAAUAAUUAUCAAUUAUGUAUAGCCUCUGUGCAAUUGAUAACACAUGAUAGAUACUUGUCACUUUAUCUUUAUACUGACUCUUGUAUUUAUAAAGCAAGAUCUAUUUUUCCUGGAAAAAUAAAUCUGUAAGAUUUGUUUUUGUUGUAAAGCUGAAUUAAGGCCUGUUUAUACAGUACUAUAUAACGAUUAAAAAAGAUAAAAAGCAAUUGUACAUAAAUUGUAUAAAAUUUAAAAAAUAAGAAGUUUUUACACUAGAAUGAUUCAAUAACGAUUUAUCAGUUGUGCGAUGACAUAUUUUGACAAAUCAAAUCAGAUGACGUCAUAAUCAAGGGAAAACAUUAAAAUAGUAGCAGCAAAGAUUUCAUCGUUUUUCCAUUAUUAUUAUGUCAUCUGAUUUGUUAAAAUAUUUUGAUAUCGUAUACACGAUAAAUGGUUAUCAAAUCAUCCUAGUGUAAAAUUUUUCUCUUAUUUUGUUUUCUAUAUGAACAAUCGCUUUUUAGCUUUUUUAUCGUUAUCGUUGAAGUAUAAACAGGCCUUAAGGCUGUCAAUUAAAGCAACUCAGUUUUAAUUAUUUUAUGAGAUGUUCUGUGUGAUAGUUGAAGAACUAAGAACAAAUAAUGGUAAAUGAUUGCAUAAAUACUGUAACAUAGAAAAGUGACAUUGUGUUUGUUCAUUAACUUUUGAAUUGUGGGUAUUUAUUAACUGUCCUGUCCCAUCAACUUCAGUUGUUGUUAUAUAUUUUUUAUAAUAGUAACAUGUCCACAACUCCGAACUUGCGUAUUAUUUUCUUUUUUGUGUGUGUAAAAUAAAAUGAUUUGGAUGAAUUAA